UGAAAGGGCCCUUCAUGGAGGGAUUGAGGUGUUCACUUUCGUUUGGAAUUCCCUAACAAAUGGCAUCCCCUUCCAAAAGUGCCCUUUAAGGGUGCAAUAGCAUUUGGAAUUCGCCUUGUGUCAGCCAGGACUGGAAUUGAGAACCACUGAUUUUUAAUGGUGACUAAAUAAGAAAUUCAAAAGAAGUACCUACUGAGAGAGAAUGAUUUUAAACGCAGCCUUACUGAAUGCACCUUUAACAAACAAAGAUUAUAGGCUAAUGUUACACAAAAAGACAAAGCAAUAAAAGUAAACAAAAAAUAUAUAUAUAUUUUCAACAACUUUCAAUGAUUUUAAAAUGUUUAUAUAAAGCAUGAUUGUUUUAUCCACAUCCACAGGUCUGUCUUAAUGGCAUGUUUAAUUUUCCAUGAUGUCAUGAAGGAAGAGAAGGCCAGGGGCCCUUCAGCAGAAUACUGCAGUUGAGCCACAGAGUGGCUGAAACUGCAUUCCACUUCAUCCUUACACCAUCAGUUUUUCCUUCAUCCCUCCUUUGGUAACUUGACAAUGACAUCACAUAGGAAACACCUGGUGAGGGACUUAAACCAUUUCAUCACCUGCUAUAUCUGUAAAGGGUACUUGAUCAAGCCCACUACUGUGACAGAGUGCCUGCACACCUUUUGUAAAAGCUGUAUAGUCCAGCAUUUUGAGGACAGCAAUGAUUGCCCAAAAUGUGGUAUCCAGGUUCAUGAAACAAAUCCCUUGGAGAUGUUAAGGCUGGACAACACUCUAGAAGAAGUCAUUUUCAAACUUGUGCCUGGUCUUAGAGAAAAUGAACAGCAGCAAGAGAUUGAAUUCUGGAGAAGAAACAAAGUGAAAGAAAGUCCUGAUGAGGAUGGCCCUAUAUGUAAGAAGGCCCGAGUGGAUGAAGAUGAUGAUGUUAAAGGUGAUGGAGACUACCACAGGAGUGAUCCGCAGAUAGCCAUCUGUCUAGACUGCUUGCGUAACAAUGGGCAGAUGGGAGAGAACAUUGUUAAGGGCUUAAUGAAAAAAUUUAUUCGAUGCUCAACAAGAGUGACUGUUGGAACAAUCAAGAAGUUUUUAAGUCUGAAGUUAAAGCUUCCCAGUUCUUAUGAGCUAGAUGUUCUAUGCAAUGGUGAGAUCAUGGGUAAAGACCACACCAUGGAGUUUAUCUACAUGACGCGCUGGAGGCUUCGGGGAGAAAAUGCCUACCCAAUGGUACUUGAAUAUCGACCACGCAUUGACUUUGGCUAGGUUGAAAUAUCCUGCACUAAUUUCAGCCUAUCAACAGACAGCGAAUUGAAUGGACAGCUCAAGUUUUGAAGAUAUACUCUACCCGUCUCUUCUGUUUAAUUACUUUGGCUCACUUUAUUGGGAUCAGUUAGUGCAUAGUAGCUUGUGACACUUACUGUGUGUCACAGAGAUUUGUGUGUUGUGGUUCAUUUACCAAAGUGACACAGAAGUCAUGUUUAAGGGCCUUUACCAGUUUGCAUAUGAUGGCAUAUCCUUUUUUAAAAAAAGUCACGAUAUAAAAAUCUCAAGUAUAUGCGGCAGUGCCUUUUCCCAUACACCAUCUUAUAAAGAGCUGUGGACAGACGUUUUGUAAAGAUUUCUAAAGAGGUGUUUUUGAGGAAUUUUUCCUUUUUUGUUCCACAGAAGGAACAAAGUCAUACAGGUUUUGAAAAACACGAGAGUGAGUAAAUGAUGACAGAAUGUUCAUAUUUAGUGGUUUAAUAUUAUAAGUCUCCUGAUGUUUAAAACUUUGGGCUGGUCCAGAGCCUCCAACAUCAUCCAAGGGUUUUAAACUAGUCUGUUUUUGAUUUUGCCCACUUAAGGGAUUUUAUUUAUUAUUGGCCAUACCUCUGUGCUCACACAAAUGUCUUUUCUUUUGAGGGUUUUGGGGACUUCUCUGCACAUGUGCCUCAUUUUUUAAAAAUAAAGGUGAAAUUAACUUCGCUAAACACGUUGAGUACAGGUUUUACAAUGUCAUCAUACAUCCCUGGCAUCCUAAUUGAGAGAAGAGUUGAGCUUUACUGUCAUUGUGUCAUUAUUUUGGUUUAUGGUUGACAGGCAAUGAGUUCAAAUGAGUUUCUCACAAUUUGUAGUACCCCCCCCCCCCCCCCCCAAAAAAAAGAAAUUACAGAAACAUAGGUAUAAUGUUCAUAAUUGCUGUUUUGAAUAUUGAGUCAUGCUUGCCAGUUUAAAAAAAAUGACAAAGUAAAGGAAGUAUUCAUAGUUUAUACUUGCAAAAUAGAAUUAAAGCAUUUACUUGACCUCAUACACAGGCUUCAUUGCAGUUUAUUAGACUAGUCGUAUUGCACCAAAGACACUACAUCAUGACCACAUGGGAUACAUGCUAAAAACUGUUUGUCUUACCUUACAACUAUACUUACAAACAGAGGCCAUGUGGCAAAACUAAACUUGAAUUUCUGUGCGUGGAACAAAAUUACUUAAUUUCUCAAACACAGUUCAGAAUUUUUUUCUCCCAGUACUUUUUUUUAAUUUUUUUUUAUGUAUUCACAAAUCUCCCUAAAAUGUACUUCUGUAGAAUCACACAAAUUCUUUUUGGAAGAAAUCUUAAGAAGCAAUCAAGGUCCUUAAAAAAAGAAAGAAAAAAAGACAUUAUUGUGCUAUUGUUUUCACAUUAAAGAAGUUGACUUUGAAGUAUAACAUAUUGUGUUUAAGUGGAAGCCGAAUGAUAUGUGUUUAGAAUAGACUCUUGAAUGUCCUUGUGCUGCAAUGGCCAUUGUGUAUUUUUGUAAAGAGCCCUUGUAGAUAUUUUAAAAAUGGAAAUGUAUGUUGUAUGUUUAACAAACAUCAAAUGCUGCUUAGAAUAAUCUAUUCUAUUUUUCAAUGUAAAGUCCGUGAGGUGAUUCCUAUAGAGAUUAGAAAUGUGUAUAUGACAGUUAUUGUAUUUGUGUGUCUUUGUUCAAAAG